GCGCCGCAGUGCAGGCCAUACUCGCCCCCCGUCAACACGCAUCGGCGAUCGAUGCCAUCGAUUACUUUUCACUAUCGAUUUCCAGAACAGUGAUGUGCUUUUAAUUUCCGGAUUUGUCAAUAUCGAUUUCAUAUUGAUGUGUUUAAACGAUUAACUGUGUGGUGUUCUUGAUGGUGAUUGUGUGUGUAUGUGAUGAUUGUUUGUUUUUGUGAGUUGCUGGCAGAUACGUCUCACACGCUUGACCGCUUAAGGAGUUCAAAAUUGUCAAGUACGGCGAUGAGCGCGUGGCGGCCGCGGUAAGCGGCGGCGGGCCGGCGGGCGGAUGCGCCCGCGCGGCCGGCCGGCGCCGCGAACACACGGCCGGCGCCGACCCGCGCCGCUACUAUGCGCAUGCCGAGUGCCCUCACCACUCUGCUCGCGGUGCUGUGUGGGGCAGGGGUGGCGGGCGACGUGUUCACAAACGAGAGUCGCGUGCGCCGGACGCCUCGACAGCAUCACCGAGCGCCUAUAGACGAAGACUGGAAAAGAUCGCAUUGGCACGAGAUGCAGCAACUGUUGGUGCAUGAGGCCAGGAACCACAGCGACGGCGUGGACUGCUGCCCCACCGUGCACGAGAUGACCGCGCCGCAGGGCGGCCGCACCCUCAGCGGGCUCUUCGUCGAGCUCUACAGGGACGGCGAGAACAACAUGCAGCUCUACGAAAUCUCCUGCGCAGCGGGCGUCGUCGACAAGCCAUGCCGGUUCGUGGACGCCAGACUCUACAACCAGUCUCGGUGCGUCCAGAAAUACUCCUACUCGUACGCUUUAGUGCGGCCCUACGGCCCUGACGCCGCUACGGAAAACCCGCAUCGCCACAGGAGGGAGCGACAAGGCAUGGCCUUCAAAAAAGACGGCGAAAUCACCGUCUCGGGCGGCUGGUCUAUGGACUACGUCCAAGUGCGCUCCGGCUGCGAAUGCCAAAUCAUCCCCACCCUCAAGCCGAGGAAAAAAUACCAGCACAAAAACAAAAUAGAACGGAACAAGGGGAAAAGAUUGAAAGAAUCCGUGAGAGAAAGAAGGAAAUACGAGGAAGGCGUCAAGACCUGAUUGUGGAACUCAGUGCUAGUGUAAUCCAGUGGGACUUUGAACAAAUUUACGAGGAUUUAUCUCGACUUAGUAUUUAUUACGGGAGUGUCUUCGCAUCUAGUUUUCGUGAUUUAGUCUGCCGAUGGUGGGCCAAGGACAUUUUAGUUUUAAGUAAUUAGAUGCGGAGACAUUUGAGCUAGAUUACAAGACGAUGUGACUCAGUUCCAGAGCUAAAUACAUCACGAAAGUUGCGCAUAAGAUUAUGGAGGUAGCAAAUAAUUACUUACCGGGGUCACUUUCACAUUUCGCAGUAGCAGUAAAUAUUAUUGCUUCUGACGACCCAACCAACCACUACAACAAAUUUAUAGUCUAGCUAUAUACUUAUCGCUAACUUCUUAUUUAUGCCCAGAAGCCAAUUGCAUACUCAAGUACUUAGCUACAGAUCCUAAUAAGAAAACUUGUAUCCAGCUUGUAUGUACUUUUUUAUGAAAUUGGCCUCUUUUGUAUAGUUUAUCAAUUGACAAGAGUUAGUCCAAAUUUAAUUAAUUUGUUAAUGUGUCAUAAAUUGUCCAUGUCAAAGCGACUAAAUUAAAAUGUUUAUUCUUCGGGUUUUUUUUUUCAUUAUUAAAUAUUAGAGAAAACUCUGCAGAAGAAGUCAUGAAAAUUUUUAUCAGUCACUCAAACUGCGAUAUAACAAUGGAAUAGUUAAGUAGCGCAUUAUUUUCUUUUAAAUUUUACCGCAUAAUGUCAUUUAGAACCUCAUGAUUUCUUCUGCGAAGUUCUUUCUAAUCCUGAAAAAAUGAACUAUAAUGGCCAAUGUUGCUAAUUCCGUCAUAGGGACUAUUCCGUCCACUAGCCUUUUUUUCGAACAACAAACAACAUUGAUCAUUUCAUCGACAAAGCAGCGAUUGCUUUUAGUUUCAGCAAUCAAAUGCAAAUGGUUUUUUUUUCGACGAUUGAAAAUCAAAGAAAUAUACACUCGUGGACUAAAUAGUCCCUAUGACGGAAUUAGCCACAUUGACCUUACCUAUAAUACGCACUGGAUUCUGUUUUACUUCGUCUUGUAGAAGUACGUUAUGUUACCGAUGCGACAUGUCAGGUGUAAGCUUGGUUGCAAGAGCCUAUCGGUUGAUUGUAUCUAAUGUAUUUAUUUUCGGAAUUUCGUCUAUAUAGUUACGCUUCUUGUUAGUAUUGUAUAGUUGGUCUUGAAUGAAUAAAACGGGACGAUCUGUGGUGCCUUGUGGAACUGAUGUGCCUUAAAUACCAUUGUUAAACACGCGUUGUUUAAUAUUUAUAGGACUUCAUUUGACAUUAAUUGUAAUGUAAUACACACACAAUACACGAAUUAAUUGUAAUACACACAUAAUUUUUUUAACCAAUAUAAUUUCAUAAUAUUGUGAAAAUAUCACAAGUAGGUAUUGACAGUGAAGAUAAUAAUUCAUACCAAUACAAAAUUCAAAAAUACAUUUGAUACUAUUUCGAUACAUUUCCGUAGAAUGAGCAAUUAAGUAUCAUGUUACUACUUAUAGUUUUACAUCACCCGGCAGAGAUGUUCCAUUGAUUAUUACGCUCUCUUCCUUUAAAAAUUAAGAAUAUUUAUUCAAAGUUAACAUUUUAGAUUUUUGUUAUCAUUAUAACGGUACUUACUACGCUAGGCAUAAGUGCGAGUCAAAGAUCUGUAUUAUUUUCUAUUUUGUAAUACUUUUAUUGUAUUUAAAACGUAGUUGUUUAAGGAUAUUCAUUUAUUUAUACUGUUUAAUACGAGGUAUUCCGAUUUUCAGUAUGAAUGUUGAAUGUAUGUUGAAUUCGCUUCCAUAAAAUGUUAUGAAUGUAAAUAAAUAACACAAUAGUAUUGUUGACUGAGAUUAUUUUGUGCAUUUAGAUGUGUAAUUUAAUAGCAAGACAGAUGUUUUAACAAUAAUUUGAAAUACAGUAGCAUUCGUCAAAUUCGAAGCUUUAAAUGUUCGUGUCAUUUCAAUUCUGAUAAAAGCGCCAUCUAUUGACGAGUAGCCAAACUGCUAAAAAUAAAUUAAACAAUAUUCUAAUUAUGAGGAUUACACACAGAUCUUCGUCGAACGAAACUAUAAGUUAUUUUAUUUUAACGUUUAAAAUGUCUCAAGUGAAAGAAACACAAUAUAUUCCGAUUUAACCAUAGUAAAGCGUCAAUUUGUAUUGUUAAUUACUUAGUAUCACAAAACAGUGCCAUGUUCGUAAUUAGUGUAAGCAAUUUUUCAUUUAAAUGAGAAUUUGUCAUUCGUGUAGUUUCAUGUAGUCAGUUUUGUACUUAGUUUUUUUAUGUACAACAACUCUGCCACCGAAUUUUAAUAGAUGUAAAAUAAAAAUUUAUUACUACCUACCAAUGCGUGAAUAAAUGAUCAUAAGUUAUAAACAUACCUCAGUCAAAUAUUUUGUAAAAACUUAAAAAUAUCAGUAUAUUGUCCAGCAUUAUUAAUAAUACUUCACGAUUUAUUGUUGCCGUCAAAAUGAAAUUUUAAAUGAAAUAAAAAAAAAUGAAACA